UUGGUGCAAUAGAUAAGAUCUUACCCUUUCUUUCAAAGGGCAAGGGUUCAAAUCCUCUUGCCAACAUUCUAAAAUUUCGACUUUUUUUAAUUUCAUAACCGGUUCGGAAAUUUCGACUUUUUUUAAUUUCAUAACCGGUUCGGUUACCGGUUAGCAAACUUCUCCUUAUUCGAUUCCGGUUAACCGGUAAACCCGAACCGAACCAAUUAUCAGCCCUAUUUUUAAUUAUAAAAUAGUCUUGACCCGUGCAUGGCAUGGGCCGAUACAAGUAUAGUUCUAAACUAACCCUAACAUAUCAACUCCCAUCCCUUAUAUUGUGCAACCGAUUGCACUUCGUUCCCAGCUAGCGCUGUCUCUCGUCUCCUUGCCGCCGCCUCGCCUGCAUCUCUCUCUAGGCUUCUCUCGUUCAUCAGCCGAUUGCGCGACCUUGUUCCGCUGGAAUUUAGGGUUGAGUGGCCGAAGCCCUGCAAUUUGAUCGUUUGUUGUUCCUCGUCCUGUACCUUAUCCUUUGCUAUGGCAACAAGAUUGCAGUAUGAGAAUAAUUGUGAUAUUGGGGUUUUCUCCAAGCUUACCAAUGCAUAUUGUCUGGUUGCGAUUGGGGGUUCGGAGAACUUCUACAGCACAUUUGAGGCUGAGUUGGCUGGUGUAAUUCCUGUGGUCAAAGCCUCCAUUGCUGGUACUAGAAUCGUCGGACGCCUAUGUGCUGGAAAUAAGAAUGGUUUGCUUUUGCCUCACAAUACUACGGAUCAAGAGCUUCAACACUUAAGGAACAGUCUCCCAGAUUCAGUUGCUGUUCAGCGAAUUGAGGAGAGAUUAAACUCUCUAGGGAACUGCAUUUCUUGCAAUGAUCAUGUUGCUCUUUCACAUCCUUACCUUGCCAAGGAAACCGAGGAAUUGAUUGCAGAUGUGCUUGGUGUGGAAGUUUUUCGUCAGACUGUAGCAGGCGAUGUUCUUGUCGGCAGUUAUUGUGCCUUUUCCAACAGAGGUGGCUUGGUUCAUCCUCAUACAUCCAUAGAAGAUUUGGACGAACUCUCGACACUCCUCCAAGUUCCUUUGGUAGCUGGGACUGUCAAUUGUGGUAGCGAUGUGAUAGGUGCUGGCGUCAUAGUCAAUGAUUGGAUUGCUUUCUGUGGGUCAGACACGACUGCUACUGAGUUGUCUGUCAUCGAGAGCGUCUUUAAGUUGAGAUAUCAUUUUUUUGAAUGAAAACACUUUUUUUUUGUAUAAAAUAGGAACAAUUUUCAGCCUUUAGAUCAUCAAGAUUUACGAUUGAUUCAUCACCAAGGUAGCGAAAAAUUUAUUUUUCGCAAUUCAUACAGUUAUAUAGCCAAUUCAUAUGUAUUCUACAUAGAAUUCAUACAUUUUAAUUCGUUUAUAAUUUAUACAAAAAAUGUGUUUUUAUUCU